AUCUGCGCCUACAAUGUGCCGAACUUCACCCAACACGAAAGUAUCGAACUACAGAGUGAGGACAACUCUGACGAGGAUCGUGUCUCGCUGUGAUAUCACCCUCCUGCAGGGGGUGAAGGAUUCUGACGGUAAAGCCAUCCAACGUUUGCUGGCUUCUCUCAACAGGAAUUCUGACAGGUAUGACCACUACCACUACCAGUCAGUGUCCAGUAAGAGUCUGGGAAACUCCCCCAAAGAAAUGGAGCAGUACGUUUUCAUCUACAGGAGCGAGACGGUGAACGUGACGGAUCAGCAUCAGUACCAGAAGCAGCAGUCCUUCGUCAGAGAGCCGUUUGCCGUCCAUUUCCAAAGCAAGAAAACCGUGAUCGAGUCGUUUAUUCUGGUUCCCCUGCACAGUGAACCCCUACAGGCCGUCCAGGAGAUCGACCGGCUCUACGACGUCUUUGAGGAAGUCAGUCAGAAAUGGAACAACACGAACGUGAUGUUUCUGGGAGAUUUCCAUGCCGGCUGUGCCUACGUGACCCGAGCCAACAGGAAAAGCAUCCGACUGUUCUCCAAUACGACUUUCCACUGGCUGAUCAGAGACAAAGCAGACACCACCGUCCCUGACUUGACCACCUGUGCUUAUGACAGGAUUGUGGUACACGGGCAGAACUUCCUGAAGGCGAUCAGUCCGUCGUCUGCACAAGUGUUCAACUAUGGCAAAGAGUUCAAACUUCCCAGGACGAGGGUGCUGGAGGUGAGCGACCACCUGCCCGUGGAGGUACGACUUAAGAGCUCCACCCCUCUCCUUCAGGCCACACCCCUCCUGAUCCUCCUCAGUGUCUGUGCGAUCGUCCAGUCCUUCCUGGCCGCUCUGUGAUCGACUAACUAACCAGCUGAUCUACAUUAAUUGUUGGCGAGCUAGAACAUCAGCGACUGAUGUAGAUUAGCUAUUAGCACGUAGCAUAGCUAAGUACAGCAAAGGGGGGGGAGUCGGCCGAUGUUUGCUUAACUGUUAUUGGAGGACAGAGCCAAAGGGGGCGGGGCUUGGGAAGGGUCAAUUAAGGCCCAAAAGCGAUGAUGUCGUCAGGUGCCAUUUAAAAGAGGCCAAAUACGUUAUUUUAUAUUUUAACAGAAAUAAUCAGAAGGGACGUCCUAAUUGUGUUAAUGAAUGUGUUUGUUAAUUGAUCCUGUAUCAGUUUGUAAUGAAUGCACAAACUGUAGAGUGAACUUUGAUAACAAAACAUGUUGUUACUUUAGAGGUGAUGUUUCCUCAUUAUCUCUUCUUCCAUCAUCUUCAUUAUCUGUUGUUCUUUCUGUCGCCGCCUCAGUUCUUUUCCACUCUGUACAGAAACUGAUGUAAAUAAUGUCAGGAAGACGUUUAUUGUUUGUGUUUUUAAUAUUCAGUAAAGUUUUUUUAUGUUGAAAUUAAAA